UUCAGUUUAGACGUUUUAUUGCUUGGAUCACAGUAAAACUCCAACAACAAGACUACCACAUUAUUGUAGUCUCAUUCUCAGACCAAAAUAUAAUUCCUUUCAUGUACGCUGUCGAUGUGCUGUCUUUGUCAAUUGUUGGAGCAACCGAGUGCGAGUCGCCGGUAGGGUAUUGUGUCUCGUUGAAUUGUCGCCAGUGAGCGGCACGGUGCAGCACCAUGCUUGCCAAUCGGACUCUGCAUCAUAGUGUGGCUGAGAACUGGAGAAGUUGCCCUGAGUCUGAGAGUGGCUAAACCACUACCCAUCGUCUAGUCGUCUCGCAAUUGCUGUUCCUGUGCCUGUGGUGUCCCGAGUUUGAUAGCCAGGUGCCAACUUGAAACUGGCAGGAUGAGUGGACCGCCGCCACACAAGCUGCAGUAUCCGGCGCCUCCAAGUGAGGAUGAGGAUCCGAGCGAGAUGGUCAUUCGCAAGAAUGCCCUGGCCCGGGCUGCUCGCAAGGCUAACGAGGACAAGGAGAAUCUGGAGAAGAUCAACCGCCGCAUCAACCUGAUUGUGAGCCGUUACAAGCGUAUAGCCGACACCAGCUUGGAGUACUUAGAUGAUGCUGAAGAGCUUCUUGAAGUGCUGAAAGACCCUGUGAAAAGGAAGAAGUAUGAGGAGCAGAUCAUGGUGGUCGUCAUCGGAGCUGCGGAGCGAAAUCUCCAGCAGAAGUCCGUGGUUCUCUCUUCGCUGAAUGAGUUCUUCACGGGAAGUGCCGAGGCAUUGAAAUCAGACACAGAGUUGGACAGCGACGAUGACACUUGGGAGGCUGAUGGUGUUCCAGACGCCAGUCACUUGGCAGUAGAUGCCCGAUCUCAGCUCUCCAGUGCUACCCAGAAACUGCAGGACAUCAACCUGUCGUACGCCAAGAUGCUCAAGCUGCAGCAGGCGUUCCCAGAUAGCAAAAAGGGACGGAAAAAGCUGGAGAAAGCUCUGCUGACCGCCCAGGAUGAAGUCCAGCAGCUGCGGGGUGGUAUGGCACAGGUUAUGGAAGACCUAGACAAGGCGAAUGAGCAAAUUGAUCAGUUCGAACAAGAAAAAGAGCGGCACGGCGAAGAAGUAAAAAGACUGCACGAUGAGAUGAAGGAGAGCAAGAUGCUUAGUGCUGCGGCGAAAGACAAAGAGGCCGAGUUGCAGACGAUGAAGUUGAAGCUCAGGACAGCUGAGGAGAAACUCCUGACUGCGGGUGGUCAAGCCAAAAUUGAACAAAUGAACGCUCACAUUCAGGAUUUGCAGCUGGAGGUGCAAGCGGAGAAGCAGUGUCGAGAGUCGUUCCGGGAUGCCAUGAUGGAUGAUCAUGGCAGAGAGAUGGAGAUGGCAAGGACAGAGUUUCAGGAGAAGAUGCGCAUCCUCAUGGAUGAACGCGAUCAGCUCAGCCACAGGCUGCAUAAGUUCAUUGAUGCAUCAGAGUUCAGUGAACGAUCGAGCGCUGCCAGCUUAGAUGGAGACCCUGAAGACCAGCCAGCAUCACUGUCAAGACUCAGUGGACAAUACCAAGAAUCCAGAGCAGGCAGUCAAGACGGUAGCAGAGCCUCUCGAGCAAGUGUGAGAUCUCAGAUUCUCGACGGUGCUGAUGCGGCUGGAGAGAUGACUUUGGAAGGCGACGGGCCUCAAGGAGCACAAGGGAGCACCACCAGCCUCCAUGACAGUGCAUCAACUAAGCUCGUCGCAAGUAGCCAUCCGAAGCUUCCAAGCCAAAGUACAGCGGAACUCCAGGCUAAUGUUCAACUGCUUACACAGAAGCUAGCAAUGGAGCAGGACAAGGUUCAAUCUGGCAAGAAGAAGUUGGCGGUGCUGAAGGUGCAGGUCGCUGACAGUAUGCUGGUACGCAAUGAACUGGAGCGGCGGCUAGAGCUGUCGCUGAAGGAAAACCAUACGCUGACUCAUCCGCAGCGCAGCACAGUCGGCGCUCAGUUCCCGAGCAAGCACACAACACCAGCGCAGAGUACCCACGACAUGGCGACAGCAAUCCAGGACAGGUCUGCAGAACGGCCGCCAAGCGCGUACUGCGAUGCCGAGACUCAAACCGAUCACGUCCAGCUAGUCUCCAUAUCGAGUCCUACACCUCCACCAAAGUCACCUGCCCGUUCGGUCAGUCCUGGCAACGGUGCUACCCAGGUAACACGGACACAGGCGAAGACACCAGCCUCAUCUCCGCGCAGUAAGAGCGCUGCUGUGCGCAGAAGAUCACCGGCCACUACCAACGGCACCGCGACCGUGGGCAUUGGUGGAAAUCUAUCGACGAAAUCGUCCGUGACCCUCGGACAGCACUAUGCAAGUCGUCCUGCCACCAGGAGUCGCAGUGCCAAGCACCUGGCAGAGCGACCGUUGGCGCCAAUGAGUGUGGUGCGGGGCUCCCAGGUCACCGUGGGUAGCGACGGCUCGGUCCAUCAAUUCGGCAUCGACGUCCCACUUCACGGUGGCAUCAGUGCAUCGAUAUCAGAACAGCUGGGUAUGAGUCAGAGCAACCUUACUGAGUUACUGCUGGAUGCGGACCACCCUGUAGUCAAGGACAUUGAAAGAAUCCGGAAUGCGAUUGACAGAAUGAAGCAUGGCCUGUCUGACAUGUUGCUACACCAAGGAUGGACUGAAGAGGCUAAAGAGUUGCGGAACAUCACAAUCAGUCGACUGAAAAUGGGCAGUUAUCUUGAAGAUUCAGUCCGCGAAAUACGAAUGAACAUUCACAAAGUACUUGAUCAGCUGUAUCGCAGUGUCCACCUAGCUUUAGAAGCCUAUCCGAAUGACAAGCUUGAUGUAUCCGCCAAUCUCCAUGAAGCUACAGCUGCAGUCAAGGAGCUAGCCGAGGAGAACAAUUUGAUGAACGACCACAUAGACUAUCUGAAGAAGCAGCUAUGGAUAAAGGAUGGACUGCUGGAUGGACGCACAACUCCAGACCGAGUUAUAAAAUUGCAGCGAGACGAGCUCGAUGAGCUCCAAGAGACCGUGAAAACACUACGCUCGCGAGAGCAGUUUCAGGCAAUGGAGCCACCAGCCUACCAGAAGCAGCCAGUGAAUGACUGGAUACUGCAUUUCACGAGGCAGGAUGCCAAGUGUAACGAGUGUACUCUGUAUCGGGGUGUCUUUGACAAGGUGAUCAGCCCGGAAGAAUACUCGGAAAUGGUACUUGCCAUGCGAGAGUACAACCGUCUUCCUGUUGAGAGACUUCAGAUACUCGCACAACGCCGGCUCCUCCGAGAGGCCAUGGAGAGAAACAAGGCAUUCAUUGCUGAGGAGAUGGCUUCGGUCACGUUCCAUUGUCAGGCCAAAGAAGUUCUUUUGAGAAGGGAAGCAGAGGCAAGCAUGAACAUGGUGUUGCAAAGGAGAGAUGACCGGCUCGCCAGGGAAGCAGCAGCAUUAUCUAGAUCAAGACAGUCUCUGGGCAAGGCGCUAUCUGAGAGGAUGCAGGGACUUGAAGACACUAGUGAUGUUCUGCUGGUACGGCCGGCGUUUGCUUCUUCCAUUCGUGAUCCAUCUGGAGCAAACAGGCGAGAGGCUGCUGUCCGGCUGGGCAUACCAUCGCCUAGCUUAUCCAGAGCAAGUGAGGGUGGCGAGGUUGAGCUUCCACCGCUGCCAGGGAAAGCGGAUGACUCCCGGCUCAAUCGCCCGCUGCGGACCAUCGGUGUAACGCCUUCAACGGUGGGUGCUCCGCCACCCACGGCUCAAGGCCAUCACCCGAACGAGGUGGAGAAACACCAUAAGAAACCUUCUCAGCGAGGAAAGGACAAUAAGCAGCGAGCAGGCGUACGGGGAAAGAAAGCUGCAGCCAGCACAGAGGAAGUGGUAAAGAUGUGGUGUCCUGAAUCGACCUUCCCCGAUAGCCAAGGGACUGAAGCCAAUGCGCAAAACCUGCCUCAGGUCAUGACUUCACUUAUUGAUGCUGACCAGAGGCGUUUCAGUUAUGAACUGUCUCUUCCCAGCUACUCCGGCAACUCGGCAUCUUUACCUGGAAAACAAUUGAGGGUGUACCGAUCCCUGACGCGGCCCUCGCAGGACAUAGACGCAUCUAAAUCCGGCAAGGAAAAGGGACAGCGCACGCCAAAUGCACCACCUGGGACGACGGCCGAUCUACUGGCGUACGCUCGCAAACGAUCGCUGCAACUCCAGGUCGACGGAAAGCACCCGAGGCACGCACGGUCGGUCACGCUGCCCCCGAUUCUCAGCGCACAGAUGGCAGAGGAGUCGGCCAAAGUACCCGUGAUGCGCGGCAAGAAACUGAUGCCUCCAGGAACUCAGUAACUUAGAUGGGCUGACUCAUGCAGGUUAAAACAUGUACAAGUGAUCGGGGCUUGAGUUCAGCCAACGACAAAGCGAAUUGCCUUUGUCUACAUUUAGGUGCUGUUUUCAAACACUCUUCAUUAGCUCCAACAAUAUAAUUUUCAGAAGUACAUAUACAUGUACAUUCCUGAUGCAUGGACAAUAGCUGACAAUCCUAAGUCAAGUAUAUUAUCUAUUUAAAUCCAGCCAGUCUGCUUCGAGAAAGUCUUUCGAUUUGAA